ACGGGCGGCGGGAUGAAGGCGUACCUGGACCAGCGGGUGCCGUUCACGCUCCCGCAGCAGCCUCCGGGCCAGGCGGCUCCCGGCGGAGCUCUCAUGGGCGUUGGGAAGAGAGCCGCGGAUCCGGGCUUGCUGCCGCCGCAGGAUUCGGAAGAGCUCUUCCAGGACCUGGGCAGGCUCCAGGAGACCUGGCUCACAGAAGCUCAGGUUCCAGACAGCGAUGAGCAAUUUGUGCCUGACUUUCAUUCAGAAAACUUAGCUUUUCACAGUCCUCCUGCUAAGAUUAAACAGGAGCCACAGAGUCCCUCCUCGGACCCCACGCUGUCCUGCACCCAUAAGCAGCCAUUCCAGUACCCCAAGGGCGAGCAGUGCCUUUACACCAGUGCCUAUGAUCAACCCAGACAAGUUGGAAUCAAGUCCCCCAACCCAGGAACCCCGCUGCAGUCACCAUUUCAACCGUUCCCUAGACAGGACAGAAGCUUCCUCACCCCUGCGGGGCCACAGCAUCCCACAUCCAGCUGUGGAUACUCCAACGAGAACAGCUCUGUGUACCAGCCACCUGUGGAGACGUUCUGCUCCUUCCCCUCCUCCCAGGGCACAGCCCAGGAAGACCCUAUUGCCUACCAGCGCCAGAUGUCUGAGCCCUGCCUCCCAUACCCUCAUCAGGGCCUCAAACGGGAGUACCAGGACCUGCGGUACGAGCAAGGCAGCCAGGUGGGCAGCGGCAGCCAGUACCCAGCAGCUCUGGUGAUCAAGCAGGAGCAGGCGGACUACGUGUACGACUCAGAUGUUCCUGGCUGUCCUUCCAUGUACAUAAAUGUGGAGAGUUACCCGAGCCAUCCAAACACAGAAGAUACAUUAGGCUGCAGCUAUGACAAGCGGAUGAGGUCCUUCACUGAUGAUGUCUGCGUUGUUCCAGAAAGAUUUGAAGGAGACAUCAAGCAGGAAGCUGGAGGGUACCGGGAAGGGCCCCCAUACCAGCGACGGGGAUCUCUCCAGCUCUGGCAAUUCCUUGUGGCUUUGUUAGAUGAUCCAACCAAUUCCCACUUCAUUGCCUGGACUGGUAGAGGGAUGGAGUUCAAGCUCAUUGAGCCAGAAGAGGUAGCCAGGCUGUGGGGUAUCCAAAAGAACCGUCCGGCCAUGAACUAUGACAAGCUGAGCCGAUCCCUUCGCUACUACUAUGAGAAGGGCAUCAUGCAGAAGGUGGCCGGGGAGCGCUACGUGUACAAGUUCGUGUGUGAACCCGAAGCCUUGUUCUCUUUGGCCUUCCCCGAUAACCAGCGGCCAGCUCUGAAGGCAGAGCUGGACAGGCAGGUCAGUGAGGAGGACACGGUGCCUCUGUCCCACCUGGAUGAGAAUGCUGCUUACCUGCCAGACCUUGGGAGCCUCCCUGCACAGCUUUACAGCAAGGGCUACAUGUACUAGCACCGCCGGGAACACACUCUGCCGCCUUUGCUUGUGUGUAGUAAAAGUCUGGAUAGUGUUCAAUCAGUAUAAGCAGUUUUCCAGGCCAGCCUGGGGUGGCACUGAACUAUGGAUACCUGCUUUGGUCAGGAAAAGCGUUCAGGUACACGUGGGUAA